AUGGGUUGUGGAAGCUCAAAUGCUACUUCAACAACAGAACCGAAUAAUAACAUUACCGAGUUUGCUGUUUAUGCCGGUCAAGUAAAACAAACGUGGCCGGAUAUAAAAAAUAUUGAUAAAUUAGGAGCAAAGACGUUUGCCUAUUUAUUACACAAAUAUCCUGAAUUUAAAACCUUCUAUCAUAUACCAGAAGCGUAUAAAACUGAAGCUGAUUUACUUAAUGCUGAUGAAGUGAAAGAACCGGGUGAAAGAUUUAUUGCAUGGUAUUCAGAUAUAAUUGAAAAUAGUGAUACAAAAUUUGAAGAAAAACUUCGAGAACAUGCCAUUGAACUUAAUAACCAGGGUGUACGUGCAACUCAAGUUAAAAAUUAUGGUGACAGUCUUAUUCAUGUUAUUAGCUAUGAACUUAAAAAUGGAUUAACUGUUGAAGAAAAAAGAGCUUGGCAAUUAUUUUGCACUCAAGUAUCAAGUGGUUUAGCUAUGGAAUUAGCUAAAUUUCCGAGAAAAUCAAUAGUUUAA